CCAUCAUACGGCAUGUUGCAAGGCUGCCGCAUGAAACGAUAACGCCACAGAAAUCGUGGUGCUGGUUGUGUUUUUCGUUAAUUUGUUUCAUUUUGAAACGAAUUCAAAAAUUAACAGUUGUGUGGAUGGCACAAUAAGAUUAUCAGUGAUUUCACUAAUGUAAAGGUAUAUAAUACAAAAUGUACAAUGGAAUUGGAUUACAAACACCGCGAGGUUCUGGAACUAAUGGACAUGUCCAAAGAAAUUGGGCAAUUAUACGUAAAACAAAAGAUAAAGUUACUUAUAAAACUGAUGAAGGAAAAUUAGAUCAGCUUAAUAAGCAACCUAAUAAAGAAAUUUUAGAUCAUGUAAGAAAAAGGAAAGUUGAAGUCAAAUGUGCAGAAUUAGCAGAUAUUUUGGAGGAACAGGGAUUUACAUCCGAAGAAGUAACAAAGAAAGUAGAAUCAUAUAGAUCUAUGUUAAUGGGAACUGACACUAAACCAGCAAUAUCUAGAGAUGAAUUUGGCCGUGUAAAUGUACGAGAGACACACCAGAUUGCCGAAGCGCAACAAGAAAAAAAUGCAAAGCUACGCGAAGCGUUUGGCAUAUCGGAAUUCUUCGUGGAAGGAAGUAGCCUAGAUCCGGAGAGGCACGCGCGCGAGGCUGAAGCAAGAGCAGCAGCGAGCAAAGUGUAUGAACUAGUACGAACUCCAAGUCCAGCUCCGGACACAACGUCCGCUCCAGAGAAGAAAACGAAGCGGUCCGCUAGUGCAAAAAAAAAAAAGGGAAAGAAGCACAAGAAGGAAAGGUCGGAAUCUCCAAAGGCUAGCAAAAAGAAAGAAAAAUCUAAAAAGAAAAAAAAGGAGAAGAAACAUAAGAAGACUGAGGCUAGUUCCUCUGACAGCGAUUCUAGUGAAGCUUCAGAUGAUAGCAGUUCUUCCGAAACUGAAUCGAAGAAGAAAAAGAAAAAGAAGAAGAAGAAAACCAAAGCAGAGACAAAAGAAAAGCAUGAGAAGAAAAAAAUAGCCAUCAAGAGGAAGCAUCAGUCAUCUGAGAGUUCGUCAGAUAGCUCCCCAGAGAGGCCGAAGAAAUCUAUGAAACAUGAAAAAACUGUUGAAAAAAAUAAAAACGAUGAGGCAGAGAAUACGACAAAAGAAUCUCGAUCAAAUCGUUCACCAAAGAAACAAGAAAAAGGUCGAAAUGAAACUCCACCCGUUAAAAGAAAAGAUUCUCCUGUUAAAAAAGUUGUACCAGAGAAAAAGGAUAAAUCACCAAUUGUACACAAAAGUCCUCCACCAAGACGACAUAGAUCACCAUCAAGAAGUAAGGCUGAUAGAGGAAGAUCUCCUAGAAGAUAUUCAAGGUCACGACGAAUUAGUCCUUCACCAAGAAGAAGAAGAAUCUCGAGAUCUCCGAGGAGAUAUAACAGAUAUUCUAUAUCUAGAAGUAGAAGUCGAUCGAGGUAUGAUCGUUACGGAUCACGGCGGAGAUUGUCACCUCUUCCUAGACGUAGAAGAUCUGAUUCUCGACGGAGAUCAAGAUCACCUAGGAGACAGAGGGAUAGACGGGAAAGAUCUAGAGAACGUCGUAGAAGUCGCAGUAGAACAAGAAGUAGAUCUAGACGAUCCACCUUGAGCUACUCUCCUGUAAGAAAAAAUCCGGAACGAUACAGACACAUAUUAGAAGAAAAUAAAAAACGAGAUCAAAAAAAGAACCACGAUACUAAACGGAAAUCUCGGUCAAACUCCAAAACCAGAAAAUUGCGAACAAUUACACCAAGAGUUAGACUGCGUUCUUCAAGUGAGGAUGAAACCGACAUAGCAGAUGAUGAACCCAAAGCAGAAGAUGAAGAAAAAAUUAAAGAAUUGCAUACCUUGAAACGUUUGCAGAGUGGGUUAGCCGCAAAAGCUAGAGAAACUCUUGGGAAAAAGGUAAUAAGUCCUACGAAAAUUAAAAUUGAAAAAAAAGAAGAUAAUAUAUUGGAUAUAGCUUUACCAAAUGAACCGCCCAAAUUAGUACAAAAUACUAUUGGUCCUGUACAAGAAAAGUCUAAGUCAAAAUCACCUAUAUCUCAUUUACCUGCUAUUCAAUCUCCAGUAUCUAGCAGAUCACCUUCGCCAGCAUUGCCAUUAACGAGAGAAGAGGCAGCUAUAAAAAUACGAUCUCCUAGUGAAUCACCUCCUCCUUUGCCACCAGUCAUAAAUAAAAUAGAAUCAAGAUCACCGAGUGUGACAGCUAAAACUAAUCAUCGAUCAAAGUCUCCUCCAAGUACUUCCAAGAAGAAUUCACCAGUUAUUUCAAGGAAACACUCGUCACAGAGUAAAUCAUCCUCACAUUCACCGCCUGUAUCUAUUUCUCACAAAGAUACUACUAUAAAAUUACGUUCUCCAAGUGAAUCUCCACCUCCAAUUACGAAUAAUAAAUCGAAGCAAAAAUCUGCUUCACCAAUUGCAAAAAAGAGUUCUCCUGUUUCUAGAAAGCAUUCUCCAAGGGAUAAAUCUUACUCCAGAUCGCCUUCCAAGUCGUACACAAGAUCUGUGUCGUUGGAAAAAAGGUCUUCCAGAUCGCCUCGGCGACAUUCAAGAUCCAUUUCUACAGACAAGAAAUCGCGCUCUGUUUCGAGGAGUAAGAAAUCAGCAUCUCCUAGACAUAGGUCUUCAACGUCACCAUCGAGAUCCAAAAAAUCUCCUAAAUCCCCGGUGAGGUCAAAAAGAUUAAGUAGAUCAAGGUCUUCUUCGGAAUCGAAACGUUCCAUAUCUAGGUCUCCAUCACGUUCAAAAAAAUCUUCAUCUCAUUCUCCGGAAAAAUCCAGAAGUAGAACGAGGUCGUUGUCAAAAGGAUCUAGAAGUCGAUCUCUUUCAAAAAAAUCCAGAAGUAGAUCUUUGUCAAAAAAGUCACGUAGUCGUUCAUUGUCAAAAAAAUCUAGAAGUCGAUCACUUUCUAAAAAGUCAAGAAGUCGUUCGCGAUCGUUGUCUAGGGUAUCACGAGAUAAAGAAAAAAGAAGUCAUAGCAGGAGUAGUUCACGUUCUUCUUUAAGUUCGAGGCAUAGUCGCAGAAGUUUCUCUAGUUCAUCCCGAUCAUCAAGCAGUGUUUCUAGUAGGUCUUCUCGUUCAACGUCUAGCAGUUCUGUUUCUAGCAGGUCUCGUUCUCCGUCGAUACCUCGACGUCACGGCUCACCUAGCUUUUUAGAUAGACGUCGUAUUACAAGCGCCAGGAAACGACCAAUUCCAUAUCAUCGACCUACUCCAACACCACCUUCGUCACCGAGUAGUUCAGAUAGCAGCAGACAUAGUAAUUGGUCAAGUCCAAGUCAUCGAUCAAGUUGUUCCCCGAGUCGAAGUCCAUCAUACACGCGUUGAAGCGAUCAAGGAUUCUUAAAUACUCGACGUUCCUUUUACGUGUCAGAUUUGGAAUGGCAUAGAUCGUGAAGAUCCGUCGAUGCUUUUUCAUGUUAAAUCAUGUUUAUAAUGUUGAAAAUUGGCACGAAU